GUGAAGUUGUUCUGCCAUUUCCACUUGAUCCCUCGUCAAACACAACACCAUGACCAUGUGGGCGACAUGGGCUUACGUUUUGCUGCCCCCUGCGGUGGUGCUCCUCCUCCUUCUUACAAUUCCGUUCCCCAAGUUCAUUGCCAAGGGCAUCGUCCGCAUGAACGAAUUCCUAUUCAACUUGGAGCUGGGAGGGAUUCCCAUCAUAUCGAUCAUCACGUUCUUUGCCUUUGUGGCGUUGGCAGGCCAAACGUAUGACCUCCAAAAGCGAUACACCAACAAGAUCCCAGGCAUUGCAAAGCACUACGAAGCGGACUUGCAGCAAAAGGCGAGUCGUUGGCGCUCAGAGCGCAACUGGUGGAUCAGUGCGCUGACGUUCACCAUUUAUUGGAUGCUCAUGGCUUUCCAGUCCUUGAAGAAGCAGCUGUUGGCAGCCAACCGCCGCACCGAUUAGAGUUCAUAUGCUCUAAUAAUAAUUGCUUCUUCCUCA